AUGUUUGGAAAGGGGGCACAGGAGCACAUAAAUAAGUCGAUGUUCAUCUUUGACAAUCCCCAACCGACACCCCCAGUAGGAGAGGCGACACAAAACCCACAUCCGCGUCCAGAAGUCGUUCGCGAUGAUCCUCAGCUACUGAUUUAUGUAGUUACCCCACCCAGUCUACAGCGUAGUGACGAUGAAAGCCACCAUCUUCCUAUUCCUCCUCGAAAUCCCGCACGCCUCCGACCGAGAUACGAUCCCCACGGCCUUCUGCAUCCUCGAAAACAAGCUACCGCAGCAGUGGGACCUAAUGAUGAAAGAGCCGAAAGAGAGGAGGACCAAAGAAUUCUUCAAGCAGGCCGCCAGAAAACAGAUGAUUUUCUUGAUACUCUUGCUGCUCCGUCAGAAUUUAGUGUGAUAGACACUGCUAAGACGCAGAUGGGCGAAGGGGAAUAUGACUUUCAUUCCGUUGUCACCGAAGAGUUAGCUGUCUCUCAAGUACGAGAGAGGAAUAGGCUUGAGAGACCACUAGAGUAUAGGCGACUACAACAAAGCGCUCAGACUCUAGAUACAAUUGGGGAUGAUGAGGAAGUUGAGCGUACAAGGGAGAAGAUCAAGGCGAACUAUAUAGAGGGAGCUGUCAAAGUCCAAAAGGCUCAUCAACGUCGGCUGGAGAAAAUUCGACAGGAUACCAGCUUAACCGCCAAGAAGAAAGAGGAGGACAUGAAGCACGCAGAGAUGGUCCUCAAGAUAAAACUUGAGCGGCUCAAAGAGGAAACUGGAUAUGACUUCGUAGACGACGAAGAGCUCUUCAGAACUACUCACAUGGCAAUGCGGAACGGCUCUAAUAUUGGGACUGGAACGACGACGGUGGAAAGUCAACCUGCUGCUAUAUCAGCUGCUCCUCCUCCUCCUCCGUCUCCAACUUUGAUUCAACCUUGGACACUAAAAUGGACAGGCAUAAGAAUCGGGAUGGGUACAACCAUGCUUGCAAGAUUCAUGCUGACGAUUCAAGACGGUCCGAACGAGAAGUCCUAUUCGCACAGGUUGCAUGAGGGCUCAAAUGAUCAAUCCCCUGUCGCAGUAGGGCCGUCUUUCAAGGGUCCCAAUUACAAGGCACCUGCGAGAAAGCAAAAUCGGAAGACCUCGCAUCAGAACAGAGCACCGAAGGUAGAUCCUCGAGAGCUAUACACUACCCCAGGCGAUAUCGGUACUGUAUGGCCGACACAAAGCCAAAUCUACGGCACUUCAGAGCCAGGGCCAUCUGCACCACCCCCAGGACCCAGGACAACAACGGUGGACAGAGUGUUUAGUGGUAUGGAAGUAGAGAAUCAAUAUGGAGGCCUGAGUGAAAUUAGCACCAUGAGGGCCAAGCCAAAGUGAUUUCUAUGCUCCUUCGCAAGAAUCGGGAUUAAA